GCACUGUACUAACGACGUGUUCUUCGGCGUCGUCCUCCGAUUUUGUUCACGGAAAAGUGUAUCGCCAUAUUGCUUCCGUGAAUUCAGUGAAAUAUUUGUUAAUUUCUCUUCAAUUAUGACUGCAAUAUGAAAAUAAAGUGAAGUAUUAUAAAACACAUUGAAUAAUUGACUGUGUGCAAACAUUUUAGUGCAUUACAACCUCAAAUUUUACGUAAAAAAGCGUGGGGAACGAGCGGGGCUGGCGACGGCUCGCGGCGGGAUGUCAUUCGAGAAGAUGGAAGUGGUGAACCCGGCGGAGAAGGAGGCGAGCGAGGUGCUGCACUCGCUGCUGUCGGUGGAGCGACGCAGCGUGGAUAGCAAGGAGGCCAUCAUCGUAGCCAUCCCUUCCGACCAGAACGGCGCCGCCGAGUACGGCGAGAGCGCGCAGUGGCAUACGCCUGUCAUGGGCCAGCAUUCUGUCUUUGAGAUGACUAACUCACAGAGUAUGCAGCAGCAUACAUACAAUGGCCACCAGGAGCAAGUAUGUGUCCUGUGGCAGGGCCAUACUAUACAAGUUGAAAACGGAGAUGCCAACAUGCAGGGCAUGCAGCAAACUUACAACAUAGAGUUUGAAUCGGUUGAGGCAGAGCCAGGUGACAUGGACGUGGAAACAAAGCCCAAAGUAGAAAAGAAAGUGGUAACAAAGAAAAAGAAGAAACCAGAAUCUGACAGCGAUGAUGAUGUUUUUGACAACAAAUUGGAGGAUAAUCCCACACAGGUAAAAGAACGAUUAAAAAGAGGAUGUGACUGCAAAGAUAACUGUUAUCGUGGACUGAAUCCAGAGGCUGUCUACCGUCAUAGAUUAAAUAUUGCAGAACUGACCAAAAGUGAACAUGAUAUGUACUUGAUGGGCAUUACGAUGGCGAGUCUCGCGAACCCGGCGGAAACAUCACGCCAUAAAGUCAGAAGGAGACUACGUGCCUGUUAUGUGUAUCAAGGGAGAAAAGUCUGCCUAGAAGCAUUCUUAUAUCUAGAGAAUGUAACUCAUUAUCAGCUAAAACGGAUUCGCCAACACGUCAUGACACACGGCGUUGCACCUCGGAUACACGGCAAUGUCGGUAAGAAGCCAUACAACACUUUCACUCUAGACAUCUACAAACAUGCAACGAAUUUCCUUAAAGAAUACUUGAAACAGCAUGCUCACUCAGCUAAAGAUUUUCAACCCGCCGGCGACGGAGGCAAAAAGGCGAGUAAGACUGUUAUAAUUUCCGGCGACUCACGGAAGCACUUGUUCGAGGCGUACAAAGAGUAUGGGGAGAUUCUCGAGCCGGGAGUAAAGCUGAUGGGAUACUCCACAUUCCGAGCUUUCAUGAAAGAUCAAUUCCCGCACGUAAAAUUCGCGACCAAAAAGCAGGAUAUACCAAAAGACAUGGUGCCGUUCCGUAGUGGCAAAUGUAUGUCGUACGAUAAGAACAAAGACCCUAUCAGAAUACAGCAAGAGAAAGAGAAAGCGGAUGCAAAGAAGGCCGCUCUCGAGGCUAAGAAGAAGGAGGAGCAGGAGCGAGAGCAACAGGCGCAACAACAGGCGGCGCAACAGCAGGCGCAGCAACAGGCACAACAGGUGCAGCAACAGCAGCAGCAGCAACAACAACAGGUGCAGCAGGUACAGGUGCAGCAGCACCAGCAGAUGGGUGGCGGCGGCGGACACGUGGUGAUCCACCAACAGCAGCCGCAGCAACAGCAGGCCAUGCAGCAGCAGAUGCUGGUGCCGCAGGUGUCGCAGCACCAGCAGGUGCUGACGCAACAGGUGGGCGGCGUGCAGCAGGUCGCGCAGCAGCACUGCGUGCAGCCGCUGGGCGUGGCGGAGGAGGGCGGCCAGCCCGUGGAGAUGGCGCAGCAGGUGAUCCCGCUGGCCGUGGUGCAGCAGCCGCAGCAGGCCUACAUCGUCACGCCCGUAUCGCACUUCCAGACGCGCGUGCAGGGCGCCUGGUACCGCCAUUGACCCGGCCCAGAGCUGCUAGAGGCGCCCGCCGCCGCACCUGCGCCCGAACUCCACAUAUUUACGUAAUAAAGAUCUCGCGACGUCCGAUCGGAAGGAACACGAUCGGUUCGGCACAAGUGAGCCACGUAACUUUGGCAAUAAGUUAGCAAGGAUAUAGGUUAUGUUACACCUUACAGUAUUGGUUGAAAAACUGAUAAUGACUAUCGCUAAGUAUAAACAUAUUUACACGAUAAUAUUAGCUGUAGCCGUGUAGUUUAUUGAAAUUGAGGUUUUUACAAACUGAUAUCAAUAUAUUUUUCUGUAAUUGGUUUGAUGAUUGUGUAGAUGUAGUCCUAUUGCAGGUGAUGAAAGUAGCUAAUAUUUAUCAAUUUGUGUUUUGCUCUAAAACUUUAUUUAACAAAAAGCAGUGCCUUCAAAUUAUAACUUUGGAAUUAGUAUGAAAUAGCAGUGAGGAAUUUGUAAUGAUCAUGAUAUUUCUCGUGGCAUAGUACAAUCCUUAUAGCCACGGCGCCGCAUAACUAUUGGCAAAUGUUCUUUAAUUAUUUUUGAUGUGUGUUUUGUAUUUUAUAAUACAUAUCAAGUGUUCAUAGAGAUACCAUUCAAUCUGUACAAUGGCGUGUUUAAUUUUGAGUUUUUGUCGUUUUAAGUUUUGCGUGAAUUUGAAUUAGCGUUUAUAAGUACAGUCUUAAUAAGUUUUAAAUUAUUCUCAGUGCAAACAUGUACGCUUUAAAUUAAUUACUGUAUUCGAUCAACUAUGUCCGGAGAUGAAUUGGAUUAGAUUUUUAUUAUUAUCACAAUUGAAACUAUCAUUUUACAACCUUAGUUGCGAUAAGAACACAUAAUUUUAGUUUUUUAGUAACUUAUUUGUACUUGUAGCAGCUAUUACAUUUUGACAUUAUGUUUAAGCUGUAUUGGAUGAUAUACCUACCCCAAUGCCACAAUACCUACAUGUUUGAUAAUGAAAUUUUACUUUUGUGCCAUGUCGUAAUAACGGCAGUCACGAAUAUAUUACAAGGGAUAUAUGACUAUGAGAAUCCAGCAAUAGAUGUUUUAUCUUUUACUUCAUGUUGAAUUACAUGAGUUUUGUAUUUUAUAUUGUAUUUUAUCGGCGAUGAACCAUUUGUAUAUUCUGUAAUUUCUUAUAUCAUACAGCGCAUAGGAACAAAAUUCAAUUUUCGAAGAAAACAAUGAAUGCCGUGUUCAACAUUUCUAACACAUCAUUAGUGUUACAUGAUGACCAUUAUUAUUUGUAAGUUCCCGCUAUUUUUAACUCUGUAUACGUUAGUCGCUAGUAACACUAAUGGUUGGUGGAAAUGAUGAGCCUUCUCAGUGAUAUCAGUGUUUAUAGCUGAUAAAUCUCAUUUUAUUUUCGUUUAAGAUAGUGAUAGUAUAAUUUAUGUAACUGAUAGAAGUGUGUAAUCAAUAUAACUAUAGACAGUACAGAAAUGUGCCUAGAAAGUAUGCUUAUCCAUGUAUUUUUAUAUAGUGCAAUAACGCGUGAGAUUCGAAGCAAACCGGUAAAAGUUAUUAUAACUUGUGAAAUGUAAAGUAAUUAAUUUGCGUCAAUUUAAGUACUCAUUUUGGUUGAGAUUAGUAAAUGAACGGUUCUUAUUUUAAUUUGCAGCUGCAGAAAAGGUUUGACGUAAUCUAAGCGUUAUGUUCGAAUGUGGCGAACAACCUUUUCUGCAAUGCAUUGACAUCGACGUCUGUAAAUGUUGAAGAAAAUUGGACCAAUGUGAAUCUUGAAAAAUAUAUAAAAUUCAAUGUAAAGAGACCUUGCUUCGAAUCGUAGUGAUUUGCCCCUAGCAUGAUAUUCGGCAUCUAUGUUCCAAAAUUAUCGUAGGAAGACAUGAUGUGAUAGAAAAUAAACUUUUUUACGCUAUA